AUGAACGGCGUUAUUGAGGCGCUGCACAUCUACGAUGACAACAGGAAUCCCAUCCUGUCGCAUACCUACACAGGAAGGCCGCUCUCGGCCGCCCAUCUUCUGCCUCUCUACCUGGAACAUCCUGCGCCUCGGCCGAGCCUGAUCUAUCUCCCCAAUGCGAACCCGCCGACCCUCGUCUUCAGCUUAAUCCAUUCCAACCUGCUGUUUCUGGCAACUUCAUCGACCGAAAUCGAACCCCUCCUGGUUCUCGAGUUCCUGCAUCGAAUCAUUGACGCCUUCGAAGACUUCGUCGGAGCGCCAUUGCUGGCCGUCAAGUUGGAAAACAAUUACGAUGUCGUUGCCCAGCUUUUAACGGAGAUGUGUGAUGCAGGGACCGUUAGUACAACGGAGCCCAAUGCCUUGCGAGAAGUGGUGGAGAUGGAGGGAUGGGUGGACAAACUGCUGGGCAGCAUCAACUUGCCGGGAAACAAUCCAUUAAAAACAAACUUUUCAAGCUCACCCUCACCGUCCCUGAUGGCUUCCAACACGCCGGCCCUGCCAUGGAGACGGGCCAACGUACGGCACACGUCAAACGAGCUCUAUGCGGACGUUGUCGAAACCCUAACAGUCACACUUGCCCCUUCAGGUAGACCUUUGGCUGCGUUUGCCAAUGGAACCAUUGCAUUCACGUCAAAAGUGUCGGGCGUUCCAGAUGUUCUGGUGACGCUGGGCAGCCCAUCGGGGAAGCAUAACAUAGGUGGCAUCAUGGAGCUGCCCGUCUUUCACCCAUGUGUGCGGCUAAACAAGUGGAAUGAACGACCCGGAGAACUGAGCUUUAUUCCGCCGGAUGGACGAUUCAUCUUGGCUGGCUACGAAGUUGACCUGUUGCCUUUUACGAGCGGAAAGAGUGGGAGCAUGGCUUCGAAUAACCUGAAACUUCCCGUUAACCUCGAGAUGAAGACUGGUCUUGGACCUGUAGGGUCCGAGUUCGAAGUCAGGCUACAGACGAAUAAAAUCUUUGGAACUCCAAGCUCUUCAUCAGCAGCAAGCCAGUUAGCGCGUGCAGGAGGAGUCCCUGGACGAUUGGGAUCACCGCAUCCUGGCACCCCGAGCUCGCCACUAUUGGAUGACUUGACGGUCACUAUUCCUCUGCCCGAAGACGUGCGGAACCUGUCGGACAUUAGGCCGAGUAGGGGAGAUGCGAGCUUCAACAGGGCAGAGGGGCGGCUGGAGUGGAAUAUUCCUGCCAAGGAGAUAUCUGGUCCAACGUCUCAUUUCGGGCUGCGAUGUACGGUGGUGGGAUCACUGGGUGACGAUGCAGAGGAAGCUUUUGAUCCCACGGGCUUUGGGUUUGGCACAGACUAUUCAUACAACGAGCCUUAUCAAAGCACGCCGGCUGCCAAGACGGGCAAAGAAAAGCUGGGCACGGACGACGAACAGGAUCCCAAGAAGGCGGCACAGAAUAAGAUUCUGAUGCCAAGCUCGGCAUCCGUGAGCUUUUCAGUAAAGGGAUGGUUGGCAAGUGGGUUGAAGAUUGAGAGCAUUGUAUUAGAUCCGAGGAAAAGUCGAGGGCUGAGCGAAGGUGUAAAGCCUUACAAGGGCGUCAAAUACUUGACAGUUAGCAAGGGAGGGCUUGAAUACCGAGUCUCCCGAGCCAAUUCCGAAGUCAGUACCCAAAGGAAGAAAUCUCGAGGCACAAACAUUGGCCGUCGCGAGGCCAUGAAGCGCUUCGCAGGUCCUGCGCUCCAGUGCCGGCCUGGCGCGAGGGUCAGCCGAGGUGCGUCAUCGCUGACAUGGGCGCCUUUGCGAUGCUGCGCGCCGGUAUCUGGGAGAUUCGAAUGCACGAGCGAUUCUGCGCGGACAGCGCGGCGAUGGAACUCGAGCCUGCCCAAGAGGCCGCGCACAGCUAUUUUCUUCCCUGGCCAGGGAGUGCAAAAGGUCGGCAUGCUGUCGCCCUGGCUGGAGGCGUUUCCGUCGACAGCCUCGCAGAUAAUUGACGAGAUCGAUCAUUGCGCGGGAUUCAAAAUCUCCGACAUUAUACAGAAUGGCCCGUCCAAAGACCUGACAAAGACAACAAUAGCGCAGCCGGCGAUCAUGGCCACGUCCAUAUUCAUACUGCGCAUUCUCGAGCGCGAAUUCAACUUUCGAGUCGCGGAUCACUUUGACUUCACGCUGGGCCACUCGCUGGGAGAAUUCACCGCUCUGGUUGCUGGGGGGUACAUUACGUUUGAGGACAGCUAUUACUUGGUGCAGCGGCGAGCCGUGGCCAUGUCGGAAGCGACGCAAAAGGCGAUUCAGGAAUACGGAGGCGAGUACGGCAUGGUGGCGGUGAUUACGGAGCCGGAAUACUUGCAGGGCUUGAUCAAGGCGAUUCGAGAUUUCGUGGGGCACUCGAGCGACGGGAGCAAGUCGGAGAGCAGCCAGGACGUGCCGCCGAUCCAGCAGGUGUUGAUCGCGAACAUCAACAGCAAGAAUCAGAUCGUCUUGAGCGGGAGCAUGGAGAGAAUCAAGACACUCAUCGCACACGUUCGGCAGUUUCUGGGCCAUGACCCGCGGGCGGUGCGACUACACAGCGACAGCCCGUUCCACAGCCCCAUCAUGAAGCCUGCGGUAACAGUCAUGAAGAACCUGUUGGCAAAGAAGAGCCGCGUUCCUGGCCGAGAGAAGGAAGACAUCAUCACCUUCCCGGGCCUGAUGCCCUGCAUAAGCAACGUCUCGGCCAGGCCGUUUCAGAGUAAAGAGCAGUUGAAGGAUCUAUUAGCGAGAGGAUGCCUUGAGACGGUCCGAUGGUGGGCAGCCAUCAAGUAUCUGGACCAGGAAGAAAAGGUCAGACGGUGGGUUGGCAUCGGUCCGGGCAAGGUUGGCAGAAACCUGGUGGGCAAAGAGGUGGGCAUGAGAGGGAAGGACUUGGUCAAGGGAGGAGGCGUUUGGGCGAUUACAGAUCCGUACGAGGUGGAGGAGGUGUUGCGAGGGUUGGAGGAGACGUCGAAUAUAUUAGAGGAUGAAGAGGAGGACGAAUGA